GUUAUUGCGGAUUGUUCGUGGUGUUCAGAUGUAGAAAAUGCGCCCAUAUGAAAUGCAAGGAAUGCUCGUACGCAUGGCCAUCGCGGGCCUCUCGUUGACCGUCUCCAUUGUCAUCCUGUUGCUGUUCCCCACCUGGGAGCAGCCCCGCGAGUCCUGGGAGAUCUCUGUGUGGUAUUACAUCUGCCUGCUGCAGGCGAUCGGAGGAGUGCUCCUCGUCGUGGGCUCCCUGAAGGCUAAUCAUUGGCUGUUCCUGCCCUGGGUGGUGGCGGCUAUAGUUUUUAUCUACACUCUGCUCUACAAAACCGUGAACUACUAUUGCUAUCUGCAGGGAAAACUGCUGGUUGUGGUAAUCCCCCUUUUUUACAUCAUUGCGGGUUUUUGGCUCUACUUUCUGUGCGAUGUCUUCCAGGACUUUCUCGACUUGCAUCGCAAAUCCUCUCCGCAGAUCCUCAGUCACGACCCAAAUAGUCCUCUUGCUGUUGUAGAUUCACAUUCUCCUUGACGGCAUUAAAGUGCACUCUGCUACCACGUGAAAUGCAAUUGAGCUGAGCGUAAAGGCAAAUAAGUGUGAAAAUUGCGGCGUGAGUGUUUCUGUGUGAGUGUUUGUGAGUGUUUGUUAGUGUGUGGGUAGCCAAAAGUAAAAUAAGCGUUAAAAUGUCUGUCUAACGCAGUGGAACCCCAAACGGUGGGGUUUACGGCUGGGCUGGGCUGGGCCAGAGCUCUGUGGUAUCGCUGCAUGCGUAUUGCAUUACCAGACCGGCACCCUCCACAACACACAACACACACUACCCUUCUGGCCGCCCUACCCACCCGAGAGACGACACAAAGUGGCAUAUGAAUAGAUACAUGUUUUGUUGCUUGUUUUGUUUGUCUCCCCAUAUAUCCGGGUCGCCCGUUCACCCGCCUGUCCGUGGGUUGGUUCUCGUAAUCCAACAAGCAGACAGGUUAAAUACACCGCAAGGACACACAGAUACAGAGACAGAGGCAGGGAGAAAGGCAGAGCAAGAGAGGCUGCUGCAAAAAAGUGCGACAAAGAUGGGGGGAACAGGGGCUGGGACUCGGAGUCGGAGUCGCGUAGCGCAGAGACGCAUCCAAACAAACAAUAAUCAUGCAACAAUAGUGAGAGCCGCAAACAAAUUGCUUUUCUAUGUAUGCUCAUGUGUGAGUAUCUGUGAAGCUGUGUGUGUGUGCAUCAGCGCAUCUGUGUGCGUGUCAUGUUCGGGUUCACUUGCAGAUUAGUUUCGUUGCCAGUUUGUUCUCUCUUAUUUUUAUUUGGUUGUCUUCCUUUGGUUUUUUUUUUUUCAGACGCCCAAC